AUGAGAGGCUGCGUCUUUGUUGACAAGCCAUUGUCGUCAUCUGAUCAGAACCACACAGAUUCUCAUCUUCUUCCUCCGGUUUGUGUUUCCGAAGAUACUUCCCGGUUCAGGUAUACUUGGGAAGGCGGUGACAGAAACGCGAUUCGAAUCGCGCGGUGCGUUUUAGAAACCGUAAAGAUGUUCAACACUUCAUCAAAGGAAGUAAGAUGGUACGUAUUUGGAGACGAUGACACGAUAUUCAUCCCGGAAAACCUCGCUCGAACCCUAUCCAAAUAUGACCACACAUCAUGGCAUUACAUAGGAUCGAGCUCAGAGAUUUAUCACCAAAACUUGUUGUUCGGACACGACAUGGCGUUUGGCGGUGGAGGGAUCGCUUUAAGCAGUUCAUUGGCUAACGUUUUAGCUAGAAACUUUGAUUCUUGUAUAGAACGGUAUCCACAUUUGUACGGAGGAGACUCUAGGGUUCAUGCUUGUGUGCUUGAGCUUGGAGUUGGAUUAUCUCAAGAGCCUGGCUUCCAUCAGUUUGAUGUGAGAGGAAAUGCAUUGGGAAUAUUGACGUCACAUUCAACAAGACCGUUGGUGUCACUACACCACAUGGUUCACAUUGAUCCAAUUUUCCCAAACUCAACCACUUUCUCCGCCGUUCGCCACCUCUUCUCCGCCGUGGAACUCGACCCUCUCCGUAUAUUUCAACUCUCCGUUUGCUACGACCGUUGGUACUCUUGGACCAUCUCUGUCUCUUGGGGCUACAAUGUUCAGAUCGAAAGUAAGCAUUUGGAUCUAAGGAAUGUUUUGCGAGCACAAGAGACGUUUCGACCAUGGCAACAAUCUGGUUGGUUGGCAGAUGUGUACACGUUCAACACAAGAGAGGUACAUCGUGAUCCUUGCCAAAGACCUGUCACUUUCUUCAUGGAACAUGUUUCUUCUAUUCGCGAUACUGUUAAAAGUGUUUAUAAGCAAACUUACCAGAAUUGCACAUACGAUCCUGUUUCAUCGCCUCGUAAAAUCGAAGAGAUUAGAGUGUUUUCAAGAAGACUCGAUCCCGAUAUCAGACAAGCUAAAUAG